AUGUCGCGCUCCGACACGCCUGGUGUAAUGGCGCAACCAAAGGUGAUGUCUUCACGACUGAUGAACUUGAAGUUCAUGCAAAGAGCCUCUGGUGGCACUCCAACCAAUUCGACGCCGAACAGCGCACCACCACACAAGCGACGACGAACAGAACUCGGCUCCGGGCUAUCUACACCGAGCCGAUCGAUGUCCACACACUCGCUCAAUACCACUGAAUCGCAGAACGGCCAACUGUCGCAAACUCCCACAAAUCCCGGCGCAGAGACGGCGUGGGUACUCAAAUCUACUACUACCCACAUGAACGACCACACAGAGUCAGACUCGUCCGACGAAGACGAGAUCUGGUCCUCCAAAGCUCCCGUCGGCCGUCAAACAUUCGGCUCCUUCAAGAAGCGCAAAGCAGUGCCUGUGUCCGCCAAGCGAAAACGAGAUGACGCCGAUGCAGAUCUGAGUUCCGCGUCAGAGGAAGGAGAAGCCACGGACGACGAGCUCCCACCGGAUCACCAUAGCCGCGUUAUGGGCCAUGCAGCCAAGAAGGCCAUUGGGCCUAAACAGAACGACACGGCAAGUCCGUUGCGGGCAUUUGCGGAAAAGCAAGACAGAAAGAAGAAGCAGAGGGAGAUGGAUGCGAAGAGAAAGAAGAUGAGGAGGACCAUGUGA